AUGUUGGUCAGCGUGGACGACAUUACUCUAUUUUACCUGGUAACAUUCUUCUGCCUGUCCAGUGGUAUAUUAACAACGACAAUAUCGCGGGAUUUUCAAACGUCGACGAGUUUACAGUCACCAUCCGUUAGCUAUCUUCCACCAUCGAACACAGCAUUUUCCAAACUUUCACAACACGCUGUUUUCGUCAACCAAGCUUUGGGCAAUGGCUUAAAAGAUGAUAAAUCCCCAGGUAGAGGCAUUCCCGAAAUACAAACGCAACAAAGGUUUUCCUUCUUGAAACCACUAUCGAUCGACCUCGAGUUACCUUUCCAAGACGAGACGAAAUCAAUUACGAAUAAGCAAAAAUCAUCGAAGGAAACUCAGGGUAGCGUUGAAACAGGAAUUAGGAGAAUUCCAGAGUCAUCGAGACCGAGCAGCACGCUGAGACUGCGAGCAACUGUUGAGAAUGAUCCCCACGUUCCGCGACGGACGUCGUAUCAAGUCGUAGAAGAGCUCGAUGAAUACCUAACGGAUGAUUUGGAUCAUGCCCGAUUGCCUUAUCGUGGGAAGGUUCAGACGACGAAUCCCCAUCGUAAUUCGCAAGACAUAACGACGGCCAUCAAAGCCCUCGAUCGCUUCCUGAGCGGGGUUCUAAGCGACGAUGGUUACAACAGCGAAUUACAUCCACCGCCCAAUCCUGUUUUAGCCCUCAUCCUAUCUCGAUACGGACGAUACGUGCUCGGAGCACGGAAUUCUCGCGUCUACGCUCAUAUGGCCGUUAAUAAUAUUCAUAAUAAUAAACCAUUCGGUAACUAUAAAAUAGAAUGCGAACAACUGCCCACUUACGAUCGAUAG